UUUGUAAUCGCUAUAUUUUAUCUCCAAUUAAAUAUACUUUCGGUUGAAGGCUUUUAAUAUUGUAUCAUACUUAAAUACGAUUUUACUCCAUAAAAUGUUCCUUAUUGAUUAUAAUGAAUUUAGCUACGGAUAGUAAUAGUUGACGUCCGCGACGCUAGGUAAUUUGUUAGCUAGUUAGUUAAGGAUUGACGCGGGGUGGAAAACUAGCCUGUCUGCAAAGACUAGAAAAUACUUUCGUUGGGGGAAAAAACUACUUGCGGUGUAAAAAAUUCCUAUCCACUGACAUGGAUCGCAACAAUAGAAAGACAGUGAAGUUUGAAUGGCUACGGACAACACUUGGCUCGCCUACGAAGUUCCGCAAGAAUGGUGGUGGCACGCCCGAGCCAACCCGCUGGGGUCAGUUUCCCAGUGAGGUUAUGACUUCCCCUGAUCUCAACCUGACGACAGGGUCAGCCGGCUUAGCAGAGCUGGAGGACAUCUGCCUAAACACACCAAAGAGAAGGGCUGGCCGCUCACCAGGAGACCGUAGUGAAGGCAAACAGGAUGGGGGCAACUACUUCACAGGCAAAAUGAAUGGCCUCAGGAAGCUUUCCAGAAAAUGUUUGCGAGGUCUGACUUCCUCCACGUCCAAGGCUGGAAUCAUGGACACAAUUUCCCAGACAGAGAACCUGCUCCCCUCACCUACAACCUCCAGUGUUCUGAAGAGGAAAGAAAGGACCCCAGAGGAGGGGUCAAAGGCCAUAUAUCUGAAGGCUUUGACCGCCGCUAUCAAGGCAGGGGAGAAACAGUCCCCGGACAAAGUGACUGCCAGGAAAAGCCUCUCUCUCACCAAGUCCACAGAGAGGAGGCAUUCUUUGGAACCGGUUAUGGAGCCUGUUUUGGCACCAGAUGCCAGUGUGCCCUUUGACUGCUGUUCUGUCCAGUCAGAGGGAGAUUCAGAAGACACGGCUCCCUUCGAAGGCAACGGCUACGAAUUCCACCCACUGGUGUUUGUUGACCCUGACACACAAGAUGAGAAUAUCGUAAAAGAAGACACACAGAGUAUAGUGUUGAAAGAGGAAGCUUCUCCUGAUUGGUCAGAUGACGAGGAUCCUGUAGUGGUGGAGACGCUCUCCCAGGAUGAGUAUUCCAAUGCCAAGGAGGUGUUUAAGAGGGAGGUCAGUGACUCCUCCACGUCUGGUCUGAAGUACGUUCCGAACCGUUCUUUCCUGAACCCUGGAACAUACACCCCUGACCCCUGGAAACUGAACCCUCCCGCUGGGCCGGAUCAAAGUGGUGGUGUUUUAGUGCCCUCUUUCACCACCACGUCUGUGGAUGAACCGAGUGGUUCUUUCCGGUUUCUGAGUGAGAGCCCGUCUCAACUGUCCCCUCAGUCAUGGAGGACGGUGUUCAUUUCCUCCGGGCACCCCCCCUCGGAGAAACCCGGUACCCAGCCGGCACUCAGCACCGGCGUUGGUUCCCCGUCCUGCCCCAGCAGUGUGUGUUCCUCCCUGGACCCCUUUGCUCUGCCGCGGACCGUUACAAGUUCCAGAAUCGGUUCUGUUCUCUCCAGUCGCAAUGGCCCCUGCGUCCGGACUCAUCGACGCUAUUCUGAUGGCGUCCCCUCCUUACCCCCCCCCUCCUCUGGUUUCUAUGAAAAUGGUGCCACCACCAGGAGAAUGUCUGUAGGGGCGGAGACUAUAUGGUCAUGCAACCCAGGCCUAAAGGGAUUGAGCCAGCAUGGCUUUGUGGACACCCACUGUCACCUAGACAUGCUGUGGGGCAAGCUGGGCUUCCGGGGGACCUUUGCCCGCUUCCGCCAUCUACACCAGAGCAGUUUCCCACCGGAGUUUCGUGGCUGCAUCGCCGACUUCUGCAACCCCCGGGUAAUGGUGCGUGAAGCGCUGUGGGAGGGGUUGUUGGCAGAGGAGCUGGUCUGGGGGGCGUUCGGCUGCCACCCCCACUUUGCCAAGGCGUAUUCCGAGGUGGACGAGCGCAGCAUUCUAGCGGCCAUGCGACACCCCAAAGCUGUCGCCUUUGGUGAGAUUGGCCUGGACUACUCCCACAAGAACUCGACCAACGCCCCCCGGCAGAAAGAGGUGUUUGAGCGACAGCUGAAACUGGCCGUUGCCAUGAACAAGCCUCUCGUGAUCCACUGCAGGGAGGCAGAUGAUGACCUGCUGGUGAUCAUGAAGAAGUGUGUUCCCCGGGACUACAAAAUCCACAGACACUGUUUCACCAACAGUUACCCGGUAAUAGAGCCCUUGCUGAAGGAGUUUCCCAACCUCUGCGUAGGCUUCACAGCCCUCGUUACUUACCCCAGAGCUCACGAGGUCCGUGACGCCAUCCGCAAGAUCCCCCUUGACCGCAUCCUCCUAGAGACAGACGCGCCAUAUUUCCUGCCCCGACAGGUUAGUAAAGAUGUCUGUAGGUUUGCCCACCCUGGCAUGGGUAUUCACACAUUGCGUGAGAUCAGCCUCCUGAAGGGACUGAACAUGGCCACUGUGCUCACCGCAGUCCGAAACAACACAACCCAGCUCUACGGCAUAUGACAACAGCAUCAGGGAUGGUCUCCGUCCGAAACCAGUUACCAUGACUUGCCACAUUAGAGUACAAGGUGUUGGUGAAGAGAUUGGACACUCUUCGUAUCAAACAUGGCAGCCUCAUUUUGUUACAUUAAGUCAGUAUUUGAGAGUUAAAAAACAUACCUGUAUAUAUUUUCCAAAUUGUCUUUGCAGCCAGUGUGGGCAGCACUUAUGAACAAAUGUUCUUUAUUUUAGUUAAUGUUUUGAGAAGAAACGAAUGUGUCAAAAAUAAUACGGUGGUCAAGUUUUGCUUACCUGGACCCCAUGGCCCUGCAUAGUUUUAGGAGUUGUCAGAAACCGUGGCGAGAAGGCAUUAAUAGCUUAAUGCUCCAUUGGAGCUUUACUUAGUUCUAAGAGAUGCUAGCGGUCUCAGUGACUCACACUAAACUUGAGGCUAUAUGCAUCGACUGGAAUCCAAAUGUGGUUUGUUUUAAUUGUUUUACAUCACAUUUAUCUAUUUUAUUUUUUAAUUACAUUUGAUGAAUGCUGUGAUUUCUUUGAGAUAAUUUGACUAGCCCUUUUUGUUCUGCAUUUUCAUCCUGUCUGCAUGUGUUUGUUUUGAUGCAGUUGAUGUAGAAGCUUUCUAGUCCAGGUUCCUUCCUCUUUGUCCAAGGAUGUGAUGGAAGGUUGUCAUGCACUCAUUAAAAAGCAUAUAUUUUUA